GAAAAUGGCGCUGAGCGGCUGUGGUUUUCCGGAGCUCUCAACAGAAGUUUCAGACAAAUUACGAUUAUAUCGAUUCACAGCAAAUAUAGCAACGGAUGCGUCAAAAAUUGGUCUUUUCUUAAGCCGACGAAACCGAAGUUGAGGGUAGAGCAUCGGAGUGCUAUCUGGAGUAAAGAUUGAAGACGUGAUGAACCACUGCUUUGCUAAGAUGGCGACGUCCGGUCGAAGAGAGGGCGGGAGAGAAUUAUCGCCACCAACUCCCAGCAAAUCAUCAACGGAGAAAAAGCCCCAAAGUGCAGAUAACGGCAACCAGCAGCUGAUUGGUCAUCAAGAAGAACGUCCUCCUCGGCUGCAAGGGGGGAGAUCCAUUUUGAAACCGGAGGAUCCACAGCCCCCCCACGUUAAAGAGGAAGAGGAGGAACUCCGGACCACUCAAGAGGGAGAGUUUCUUCUUGGGCCGGAGGAGGCUGAUCUCACCAAGUUGCCACUGACUGUUGUCUCUGUGAAAAUUGAAGACCAUGAAGACAAACCACCUGAGUCGUCAUGUUGGUUGUGUCCUUCAGACGUCCAGCAGCUGACUGGUAAUCAAGAAGAACGUCCCCCUCAGCCACAGGAGGGGAGCUCCACUUUGAAGCAGGAGGAUUCACAGCCCCCCCAUGUUAAAGAAGAAGAGGAGGAACUCUGGAUCACUCAGGAAGGAGAGCCUUGUCUAGGGCCGGAGGAGGCUGAUUUAACCAAGUUGCCACUGACUGUUGUCUCUGUGAAGACUGAAGAUUCUGAAGACGAACCACAAGUAGACAACCUCCUAGCUCCACUGUCAGAUGGUGACGACACAACGUCACACUAUCCUGAGGAUGAAGACACGGAGGACACCCACGAACCGUUGAGUAGCGAUACAGAUUCUGAAGGUGAUAUGAGGACUCACACUGACAAGAAACACUCUGAAUGCUCUAAAAAGAAGACAGGUAAAACGUGUUUGACCUGCUCAGUUUGUGCUAAAACAUUUACUCAAAAGGGUCAUUUGACUCAACACAUGAGAACACACACAGGUGAAAAACCCUUUAGUUGUUCAGUGUGUGAGAAAAGAUUCUCAGUCAAAAGUAAUAUGGUAUCACACAUGAGAACCCACACAGGAGAAAAACCUUUCUGUUGCUCAGUUUGUGGUAAAAGAUUCUCCCAUAAAGGGGCAAUGUUAAUCCACAUGAGAACACACACAGGAAAAACACCGUUUUGUUGCUCAGUUUGUGGUGAAAGAUUUUCUCACAGUAACAGUUUGAGUCGACACAUGUCCAAACACACCGGAGAAAAACCUUUUAUUUGCUCAGUUUGUGGAAAAAGGUUCACUCAAAAGCCACACAUGAUAUCACACAUGAGAACGCACACAGGAGAAAAACCCUUUAGUUGCUCAGUUUGUGGUAAAAUAUUCUCUCAUGAUACAACGUUACGAUCGCACAUGAGAACACACACGGGAGAGCAACCCUUUAGUUGUACGGUUUGUGGUAAAAGAUUUUCCCAAAAGCCACACAUGACAUCACACAUGAGAACGCACACAGGAGAAAAACCCUUUAAUUGUUCAGUUUGUGGUAAAAUCUUCUCUCACGAUGCAGCUUUGCGAUCGCACAUGAGAACGCACACGGGAGAAAAACCCUUUAGCUGUUCUGUUUGCGGGAAAAGAUUCUCCCAAAAACCACACAUGAUCACACACCUGAGAACGCACACAGGAGAAAAACCGUUUAGUUGUUCAGUUUGUGGGAAAAGAUUCUCUCAAAAAUCAAAUAUGGUAUCACACAGAAGAAAACACAACGGAGAAAAAGCUUCUCAAGAAGGACUGGGGUCAGCCUCAGAUGAAAAUAAAAUAAGGUGAGAUGAUUUGAGCAGUCGGCCUGCAACAAAAAAAAUUGGCUGUCAUUAUUGUAACCAAAAAAAAUUCCAGUAGUCUUUCUGGCAUUGUUUAUGAGAUGCGAAAGACUUGAAAUAAUACACAAAGUCAAAACCCAGGGCACACCAACGCCAUCCUCAUUCACUUGUUGUCCUAAACAUGAGUUGAUGAACAAUAGCUGCCACUGGUGAGGCUCGCUGGUGGGUGGGCAGAGUGAGGGGGAAGCAUCAGCCACCACGGCCAAGAAUGUACUGCAAGCUGUCCAAUCAAUCUCAUCACUGCAGUACGAGGUUCGGUGUUUUGGAGGUGCACGUCAAGCUAUGCAGCAGAGUUCGGACGGGGAAGGUGUAGUGGAUGCUGGCACCCUUACGCAGGAGCAUACGCUUCAGUAAAAUGGCCGCUCGUGAUGGAAAAUUGAAAGAAUUGUCAGUUAAAAAGUGAGAUUUCUUUUUAAUGAUCUGUUGUGUAGCCCAGUAGUCUGGCAAAGUUUGACAAAACACGACAUUAUUAAAAUCAAUUGAUUGUGUAUUAUUAUUAUUAUUAUUACAUAAAAAGAAGCCAUAUUAUUUCCACAAUUGAUAUAUAGUCGUACCUCGCCACAUCUUGGUUCGAAUUUCGCGGCUUCACUCUAUCACAGCUUUACAAAUAUAUAUACUGUACAAAUAAAUCAUUUUUUUGUUGUUGAAUAUGUCCUAUUAGUAAAUAAUAAUGCAUAUUUAAGCAAAUUGUACGUAUUUUUGCCUAAAUGAAGCAUUUUCAAACAUAAUAAUGGCUAAAUGAACUAAAAUACAAAUAUAUGCCAUUAAGAUAGGGUGUCCAAAGUGCGGCCUGCGCCUGAUUUUUUUUUAUUGACCCAUGACUCAUUAUUAAUGUAUAAAUUAACAGGAAAAUUAAAGCAAAAAUGGAAAAAUCAGUAGUAAUUUUACAAGAAUGAAGUCAAAAUAUUAAAAUGUUUUAAUUUAAUGACAAUAACAUGAGGAAAAAUGACAUAAUUUUAAUAACAUAAAGAUUAAAGUAAAAGUAAAGAAACAAAACAACAAAGUUUUUUUUUUUGGAAAAUUAGGUUGUGGAAAAAGUUAUGUUACAACAAUAAACUCAAAAUAGUAUUGUAAUAAAGUCAUAAUUACCAGAACAAAAUGUAUAAAAUGAUAUUUUAAAUUGUUGGAAAAUGUAAAAAAAAAAAAAAACUAUUUAAAAAACUAACAGGAGAAAUGGGGGAAAAAACCUGCUGGAAUUUUAUGAGGAUAAAGUCAAAAUAUUAAGUGGGAAAAAGUCGUAUUCUAACGAGAAAAAAAGAAUAAACUCAAUAAUAAAGAAAAAAUAUGUUUUGAAAAGUCAAAAUAUUAUGAAAAAUAAAGAAAACAAAAUAAAGUCAUUUUUGGAAAAGUUCUAAAAUGAUGGGAAUACAGUCACAAUAUGGAAAUGAAGUCAUAAUACGAAAAGAAAAUUUACAAAGUUUAUUGAAGAGGAAGUUGAAAUAUUUGAAAUUUAAAAAAAAAGAGAUGAAAAAAGACCCAAGUUCAUAUUACUAAUACACAUUUUCACCCAUAUCACAAAGCUGAGAUGCAGUUUUUCUUGAAAUGUGUGUUGGUUUACUAAAUAUCAAAGAGGGCCUUGCAUGCUUUCAUUUUUCAGCAUGCGGCCCUCGGUGGAAAAAGUUUUGACAUCUCUGCAUUAAGACGACGCAUUGAAAUAGUGAAUGUAGCGUUGUCACUCUGUGUUCGUAAUUUAGUCAGUAGGUUCGGCUGGGCUUCAGCUUUUUUGGAUGCUUUUUCUGGCCGGGUACUGAUCCUCAGGCCAGCGGUUCGGGACCCCAUGUGUAAGCCUUACACUGAAGCAAGUAAGACUUUCCAAAAUGUUUACAAAUGUAUUAUAUCCUACAGGUAUCGUCAUAAGUCCCUUUUGUUUAGUUUGUGUUGCACAAAUUCUUUGUAAUAAAAAAAAAAGCUUGA